AAUUAGUUGCAAAGAGGGUAUUUCAACUAAGGAAAUCGACGUACUUUACCUUCCAAAUGGUGAGGGUUGAUCAAAAUUUGUAACAACUGCUCAACGCUUGAAUGGUUUUACCACAUUUUCAAUGGCUUCCCUACGGUUUGUUUACUUUUGCGUUUUCUUUACAAAUCGUGUCCUAUUUCCACAGCCGGCCGGUCAUAAAUCUGGUAAGGUAAGGAAAUCGGGCAAGAGUAGAAGUCGAAGCAGAGGAGCCAGUAGCAGCCCUUCGAGAAAAGGUGGAAAGAAAGGUGGCAAAAAGUCUCGAUCGCCGUCCCCUUUGAAAACCAAGCGUGAUGUGGAUCUGUUGAGUCCUGAUGCAAUGGUUAAUGGUUACUAUAUUGCACACAAUGCUCCGCAGUUCCUGGGAUUUAGAGGAUUUGGCUGGGAAGCCGGAGGAAAAAAGGGUAAAAAGAAGAAAGGAAAAGGAAAAAAGAAAAAAUAAAGUUUUGGUAGGUUCUGGAAGUAAUCUCUUUGACGCCGGUGAUUACCCAUACAUAAUACUUUCACAAACGUCUCCCCAAUAAGAGGGCUCUGCGAACUGUCAGCAGGAAGCAAAAAGAGGAAGCUGUGUUUGGCAUGUGUUUGAUGUUGCUUGCUUGAGUAAAUUGGGCCUUGGAGUUAUAUUCCAGCAGUAAGAUUUGCAAUAUUUUAAGGAUCUAACUUGUCAUAAUUUCCUUAAGACAUUAUGAAGGUGUGAGAAGCUGUAAUGUACAUAAACUUAUCACUGCGAAUUUGCAUGAGAUGAAGGAUUGUGCAUGCUGAAGUGUUUUUAUGUGAAAUAGACCUGUUAUCGACUUUAUGUCAAUAGAUUAAACCCACCUAAUUUUCCUAUUAAACCUUGUAGCCAGGCCACCUUUGUCAGAGAGGAUCCACCCUUAUUUAUCA